AUGCGAGCCUCUCUUGCAACAGGUGCCAAUUUCUGGAACGGUGGUGACCUUUACGGCACUAGGGAGCGAAAUUCCUUGCAUCUCCUUAAAGAGUACUUUACCAAGUACCCCGAAGAUGCAAAGAAAGUGGUUCUUAGCAUCAAGUCAGGCUUUUCGCCGGAAACGAUGAGAAUGGAUUGUAGUCCUGACAACCUUCGACGCAGCGUAGACGAAUGUCUGCGAAUUUUGGAUGGGAAGAAGACUUUGGACAUUUUCCAGUGUGCGAGAGUUGAUCCUAACAUACCCAUCGAGGAGAGUGUCAAGGCUCUUGGAGAGCUUGUAAAGGAGGGAAAAAUCAAGGGAGUCGGAUUGAGCGAGACAAAAGCUGAGACGAUCAGACGCGCUCACAAAGUACAUCCCAUUGCCGCAGUUGAAGUCGAACUCAGCUUGUGGGCUACUGACAUAUUGAGAAACGGGAUUGCAGCAACGUGUGCUGAGCUGGGAAUACCAAUUGUAGCAUAUUCGCCACUAGCGAGAGGGGCACUGACAGGGCUCAUCAGGAGUAGCGCCGAUAUCCCAGAAGGAGACGUGAGAAAGCACUUGCCGAAGCUUCAAGAGGACGUCAUAGCCACGAACAUGAAAAUAACGCACGAGGUAGAGAAGCUGGCCGAGAAGAAGGGAGUGACCAAACCUCAGCUCGCAAUAGGGUGGGUUAGGACUUUGAGUGGCAGAAAUGGUAUGCCUAUCAUCAUUCCCAUUCCUGGCGCAACCACCGAAGAGAGGGUUCUGGAGAAUGGAAAGGAAGUUGACUUGGCGGACGAGGAAAUGGAUGAAAUCGAGAAGAUAUUGAAAGAGAAUGAGAUCCAAGGGGCCAGACAUAGUGGACCAGUUGCUGCUCUCAGUGAAUACUAG